GUAGCUUAUGGCGUCAAUUAUUUUAUGAAAGUAUCUAUUGGUGAUGGUUUAUUUAUUCAUAUUCGUGUUCAUCGGCAAGAACACCAGAAUGUAUAUGAUUUUUAUUCAUUACAUGAAACAUUUAAACAUAAUGAGGCAACAUGUAUUUUCACGGAAGCUGAUCCAUUAACAUAUUUCAAUUACUAA